AUGGCAGCCAGCUUUUUUGCACCCGCUCCCGAACCGACCACCGAGCUAGGUCGCUAUCGUAUUCUCUCUAGCACUGCCGGUGUCAGAGUCUCGCCGCUAUGUCUGGGAGCCAUGUCCAUUGGGGAUGCUUGGUCUGAGUUCAUGGGAAGCAUGAACAAAGAGAGCUCAUUCCAGCUUCUCGACGCAUUCUACGAAGCCGGCGGAAACUUCAUCGAUACAGCUAACAAUUACCAAGACGAACAGUCAGAGAAAUGGAUUGGCGACUGGAUGGAAGCGCGCCAGAAUCGCGAUAUGAUUGUGCUUGCUACCAAAUACACGACUCCGUACCGCAGCUACGAGCUUGGAAAGGGCAAGACAGUCAACUACUCAGGCAAUCACAAGCGUAGUCUACACCUUUCCGUGCGAGACUCGUUAAAGAAGUUGAAGACCGAUUAUAUCGACUUGUUGUAUGUGCAUUGGUGGAAACUGGCCCGCCAACCACUGGCCCUAUCCUUACCAGCUAACCGCUACCAGGACCACACAACAUCCAUCGAAGAAAUGAUGGACAGCCUGCACAUCUUGGUGCAGCAGGGCAAAAUACUGUACCUGGGCAUCAGCGACACGCCAGCGUGGAUUGUUUCCGCCGCGAACGUGUACGCGCGGGAACAGGGCAAAACGCAGUUCAGCGUGUACCAGGGGCGGUGGAACAUCAUGGCGCGCGACUUCGAGCGCGACAUCAUUCCCAUGGCGCGGCACUUCGGCAUGGCGCUGGCGCCAUGGGACGUGGUCGGCGGCGGCAAGUUCCAGUCGAAGAAGCAGAUCGAAGAGCGCAAGAAGCAGGGCGAAGGUCUCCGCAGCUUCAUGGGCUCGGAGCAGUCCGAGCAGCAGGCCAAGGUGUCGGCCGCGCUCGAGAAGGUCGCGAAUGAGCAUGGUAUCGAGUCCCUGACUGCGGUGGCGCUUGCGUAUGUGAUGCAAAAGACCCCGCAUGUGUUCCCGAUUAUUGGCGGGCGCAAGGUCGAGCAUCUGAAGGAUAACAUUCAGAGCUUGAGCCUCAAGUUGACGGACGAGCAGAUCCAGUAUCUAGAGAGUCAGACCGAUUUUGAUCUCGGCUUUCCUGGGAAUUUCACCGGCCAUGAUCCUAAGUGGACUGGCCAGUCCAGUAUGAUGUUGAGCAUGGCUGCACAUGUUGCUUUCCCGUCACCGAACAAGGCCUUUGUGGGGGAGAAGAAAUAG